ACGUCAUUAUGUGCGUCGCAGGGAACACCAGGAAGUAAAUAAGCUGGCUACUUGUCUAGCUCAAGGCUAGCGAGUAGAAAUGAGUCUUUAUUUAAAAAUAUAUAUAAUAUAAUAUAUAAUUAUAUAAUUUUAAACGGGUUGAGACGGAACUGAUAGUGGACUUCAUCAAUGGGGCAGCGAAAACGAGUGGCAGCUGUGAGUCGUCUUUCACAUCAGAGAGUCUCUGGAGCUCCUUCUGAUGCUGUCAGGGUCUCUAAUAGGAAACACAACAUCUGCAUGGUGUCUGACUUCUUCUAUCCAAACAUGGGAGGAGUAGAAAGUCACAUUUACCAGCUCUCGCAGUGCCUGAUUGAAAAGGGACACAAAGUGGUCAUUGUCACCCAUUCCUAUGGCACUAGAAAGGGGGUCAGGUACUUGACCAAUGGCCUGAAGGUCUACUACCUCCCCCUUCAGGUGAUGUACAAUCAAUCCACAGCCACCACUUGCUUUCACAGUCUCCCACUUCUGCGCUGUGUGUUUGUCAGAGAAUGCAUCACUGUGGUGCAUGCACAUAGCUCAUUCUCUGCAAUGGCGCAUGACGCCCUGUUCCACGCAAAGACAAUGGGCCUUAACACGGUGUUUACUGAUCACUCACUCUUUGGCUUUGCUGAUAUCAGCUCUGUGCUGACCAACAAGCUUCUGACUGUGUCACUGUGUGAUACAAACCAUAUUGUGUGUGUUUCAUACACCAGUAAAGAGAACACAGUGCUCCGUGCAACGCUCAACCCAGAGAUAGUUUCUGUUAUUCCAAACGCAGUUGAUCCUACAGACUUCACCCCUGAUCCAUCCAAGCGCCAUGAUGACAACAGAAUCACUAUUGUCGUCAUUAGUCGUCUUGUCUAUCGUAAAGGAAUUGACCUUCUUGGUGGAAUAAUCCCAGAGCUCUGUCUUAAACAUCCAGAUCUGCAUUUCCUGAUCGGCGGUGAGGGUCCAAAAAGAAUUGUUUUAGAGGAAGUGAGAGAGAAAUACCAGCUACAUGACAGGGUGCGUCUGCUUGGAGCUUUGGAGCAUAAAGACGUCAGGGAUGUUCUGGUUCAGGGUCAUAUCUUCCUCAACACAUCGCUGACUGAAGCGUUCUGCAUGGCCAUUGUAGAGGGCGCCAGCUGUGGACUCCAGGUGGUAAGCACUCGUGUUGGAGGAAUUCCUGAGGUCUUGCCUGAGGAUCUGAUCACCCUGUGUGACCCCACUGUACGGUCGUUGUGUGCUGGUUUGGAAUCCGUCAUCGCCCUGCAGCGAUCAGGCUCUGUGCCCUCCCCGGCUUCCAUCCAUGCACGUGUACAGAACCUCUAUACCUGGAGAAAUGUUGCAGAAAGAACUGAAAAAGUGUACGACCGAGUGGUGGGGGAGGAGGUGCUCCCGCUGGACAGGCGCUUACGGAGGCUGAGGUCUCACUGUGGCCCGGUGGCCGGUUCCAUCUUUGCAUUCGUGGCUGUUAUUGACUUCCUCUUCCUGCUGCUGCUGCAGUGGUUGGCGCCCGACCGGGUCAUGGACACGGCUGUAGACGCCUGUGGCCCUCACGGACUGUGGAGGCCGGAAACAAGUAACGAUGAGCCUGACUCUAAGCAUGCAGGGAAACGGCGGCCACUGAAAACAACAUGACGAUGAGCGCUCCGCCGUCUCGCACAUAACUGUUUACACUGUUUCAUGCUUUUCUGUGGGGCAACUAUUAAGCAUUUGCUACUGACUGCACUCAUGGUAACCCCAAAUAUUGUUUACAUUUACCAGAGCUUGUAAGACCAUUUUAUACCAGAGACUUAAUAACUGUCAUUCAUUACACUGCACUAAAAAGAAAAAUGAAAUCAAAAUCAUUAAUUUAAAAGGUGUGUAUCAUUUGUAUUUGUAAUUUUUGGUAUUGCAUUAUCCAUAUAUUGCAUAAUUUUGUCAAAGUCACUCCCAGAUAAUGGGAAAAUAAACUGUCUUUCCCACGCUUUC